AUACACCAACAACUUCGCAGUUACGUUCGCCUUCUCCGUUGGCAUGUCAGGCCACAGAUAUCCCAAGUAGGAAAAAAAAAACCGCUGAACCAAUCAACUCUCAGCAGCGGAGCACCUGCUGCCAAUGGGGUGCUAGCAGUGCUACCGAGAGGGGCGCGAGGGAGACAGUUGCCCCAACAGUUUACGCCACCUGAGGACAGGGUUGUACGGAGAACGCUCGACCGGUGACCGUAAAACCCGUCAUUUCCACGAGGCACCAUGCGUGAGUGUAUAUCUAUCCAUGUUGGACAGGCUGGGGUUCAGAUUGGUAAUGCUUGCUGGGAACUGUACUGUCUUGAACAUGGAAUCCAACCUGAUGGUCAGAUGCCCAGUGACAAGACCAUAGGAGGUGGCGAUGAUUCCUUCAACACAUUUUUUAGUGAAACAGGAGCUGGCAAACAUGUGCCUAGAGCUGUCUUUGUGGACCUUGAGCCAACAGUGGUUGAUGAAGUGCGUACAGGCACUUAUAGGCAGUUAUUUCAUCCUGAGCAACUCAUUACUGGGAAAGAAGAUGCUGCUAACAAUUAUGCUAGAGGCCACUAUACCAUUGGAAAAGAGAUUGUUGAUCUGGUGCUGGAUCGCAUUCGUAAAUUGGCUGAUUUAUGCACAGGUCUUCAAGGUUUCCUUAUUUUUCAUAGUUUUGGAGGUGGUACAGGGUCUGGGUUUGCAUCUCUGCUCAUGGAAAGACUCUCAGUUGAUUAUGGCAAAAAGUCAAAACUGGAGUUUGCAAUUUACCCAGCUCCACAGGUAUCUACUGCUGUAGUGGAGCCUUAUAAUUCUAUCCUUACUACACACACAACGUUGGAGCAUUCUGACUGUGCCUUCAUGGUAGAUAAUGAAGCCAUUUAUGAUAUAUGUCGGCGUAAUCUUGACAUUGAACGUCCUACUUACACCAACCUAAAUCGUCUCAUCGGUCAAAUUGUUUCAUCGAUCACAGCUUCGCUCCGUUUUGAUGGUGCUCUGAAUGUAGAUCUGACAGAAUUUCAGACAAAUCUUGUCCCAUACCCACGAAUCCAUUUCCCUCUGGCAACAUAUGCACCCGUUAUAUCAGCUGAAAAGGCAUAUCAUGAGCAGUUGUCUGUGGCUGAAAUUACUAAUGCAUGUUUUGAGCCAGCCAACCAGAUGGUAAAGUGUGACCCUCGCCACGGCAAAUACAUGGCCUGCUGCAUGUUAUACAGAGGUGAUGUUGUCCCAAAAGAUGUUAAUGCAGCUAUUGCAACUAUCAAGACAAAGCGAACCAUUCAGUUUGUGGAUUGGUGUCCAACUGGAUUCAAGGUGGGCAUUAACUACCAGCCACCCACUGUCGUGCCAGGAGGUGAUUUGGCCAAGGUCCAACGUGCUGUGUGUAUGUUAAGUAAUACAACUGCCAUUGCAGAAGCUUGGGCUCGUCUUGACCAUAAAUUUGAUCUGAUGUAUGCUAAGCGAGCCUUUGUGCAUUGGUAUGUUGGAGAAGGGAUGGAGGAAGGAGAAUUUUCUGAAGCCCGGGAAGAUCUAGCUGCCCUUGAGAAAGAUUAUGAAGAAGUGGGUGUUGAUUCUGUGGAAGCUGAGGCUGAAGAAGGAGAAGAGUAUUAGGAGGGGAGUAGCGUCAGAUGAUUAUUUUAAAAUAUUUUCAUACUUCAGUUCACUUGUUCUGUUUCAAAUAAACAUUUAAGUGUUCUAGCAAAGUUCGGUUAAAUGAUUUUAAAAAGAUUUAAAUUUUUUCCUAGAAUAGAUACAAACCUAUUCUGAGAAAAGGAAAAAAUAAAGUUUUCUGUCAAAAAUGCUAUAUGUCACCUAGAUUUGAAGAUUGCUUUUCCUUCCCCCUUGCACUCCUUUCGCAACAAUCUUGAAAACUUGUAAAAUGUUUAUAUUGAAAAGAAUCAUAUUAAAUAUGUUACUGGAUCUUAAAUCUUAGCAGACAUGUCUUUAUAAUGAAAAUCACAUUGGGAGUAUUGUUUCAUUGUGCAAAUGGUGCUUUGUGUUAAAUAAAUAUGAAUAAGUGAAAAUAUGCCUCCCAUUACUUCUGAAAUAUAAUGUUUUUGUCUCAUAUCUAGAAUUUGAUACGGUUUCAUGUUCACCCUUAUUCCCCGGACAUUUCCAGUAUUGACUGGAAAUAAUACCUCAUGAAAGUAUCCUUAAAAUGGAAAUAGCAAAAUAGAAUCUAUCAUUGUCCAUGUAAAUUUUAAAAUAACGACAAAUUAACAAUAAUGGAAGGAAUAAACAGGUUUUGGGAAGGGAAUGUAAACCCAUCAUUUCUGCCAGUCAAGAUUCUUUUACAAAGGCAUGGAGUCCUGAACCAAACAUUAAUAUAAGUACCUGAAGAAUCUGGGUCAUCUUAUGCCUAAGUUUGCAGUUGUGUGGUGUCAUUCUAUGAAUAGUCACUUAGAAGUAAGAAGUACUUGAGUACAUAUGAUUGCAACCUUAAGCUGCAGUAAAGGCAUGCAUGCAGCCAUUAACUUUUAACUAAACAAGUGUAGGUGCUAUAUCCUGAUUCUAGAUCUUGCCAUGCCUGCUACACAAGACCCACUGCAACCAAAACAUAUUGAUGAGUUGCAGAGGAGAUCAUGGUAAGUAACCAUGGCAGCCUGCAUGCAUGUCUUUAGAGGAGAACCUAAAGACUUA